UUCAUUGACGAAUUCAAUGACCUACAAAUUUACGAAAGGUCGAUCUUACGGAUAAAAAGCCGUCCUAAUAACCUGGACGGAUUAGGUUUAGUUAUAUUAAAAAUCAAAAAUGUUGCGAUCAAUCGUUGUACGAAAUCAAGUUUUGAACACCGGCCUGAAGAAAGCCGUUCGAUCUAAUGUUACAAGAUGCAUGAGCACAGAAUUGGCAAAGAGAAAACAAUCAAAUAAAUUAUUAUCAAGUUCACAAUGCAAGACAAUAUCUGUGGCACCACAAUGGAACACUCAGCUGAGACAAUAUUCAAGUUUACCAUCACAUAUAAAAGUAAAACUCCCAGCUUUAUCUCCUACUAUGGAAAAUGGAUCCAUAGUCAGUUGGGAGAAGAAAGAGGGUGAUAAACUUAAUGAAGGUGAUCUACUUUGUGAGAUUGAAACUGACAAAGCAACAAUGGGAUUUGAGACUCCUGAGGAGGGGUAUUUAGCAAAAAUAUUAAUCCCAGCUGGAACUAAAGGAGUGCCAGUUGGCAAGUUGCUCUGCAUCAUUGUUGAAAAUCAGGCAGAUGUUGCAGCAUUUAAGGACUUCAAAGAUGAUUCACCUGAUCCUGCACCAAAACCGGCAGAAAAAGCAGAGAAGCCAGCAGCCCCCGCUGAGGCGCCGGCGCCGGCCGCCAAGGCCCCCGCGCCGGCCCCUAAGGCGCCCGCUGCGGGCCGCCCCGCCCCGGCGCCGGCGGCCCCUGCCGCAGAAGGUAGGGUCUACGCCAGCCCCAUGGCCAGAAGGCUUGCUGAACUCAAGAAAAUCCGACUUGGAGGGGAAGGUUCUGGACUAUAUGGGUCACUGAAGAGCGGGGAUCUCGCAGGCGCUCCAGCAGCGGAGGCUGCGGAGUCUCGCGGGGCUCCAGCGCCGCCCGCGCCUGCACCCGGCGCUUCUUACGUGGACAUCCCCUUGUCUGGCAUGCGGGAAACCAUCGCGAAGCGUCUUUCCGCCGCCAAACAGAGCAUCCCUCAUUAUCAGCUCACUAUGACUGUGAAUGUUGAGAAGACUCUAGCGAUGAGGAAGAGAGUUAAUGAGCAGCUGCAGGAAGAAAAAGCUGGUGUAAAGGUGUCAGUUAACGAUUUCAUUGUCAAAGCAGUGGCAGCAGCAUGUAAAAGAGUGCCAGUGGUUAAUUCGUACUGGCAAGACACCUUUAUUAGACAAUUCUCAAACGUUGAUGUCAGUGUGGCAGUAGCCACUCCAUCUGGCCUAAUAACACCGAUAUUGUUCAACGCCGAUUCACGAGGCAUCAUCGAUCUAUCCAAGACGAUGAAAGAGCUAGCACAGAAAGCCAAAGAUGGAAAAUUACAACCACAGGAAUACCAGGGUGGAACUGUUACUGUUUCCAACCUCGGAAUGUUUGGUAUUACAAUGUUCAACGCCAUCAUUAAUCCCCCACAAUCGUUAAUAUUGGCGUGCGGUGGUGUACAGGAGUUAGUUAUUGUUGAUAAGAAUAUUCCAGAAGGAUUCCGAACGGCGAAGUUCAUUUCGUUCACGGCUUCAGCAGACCACAGAGUUAUUGAUGGCGCGGUUGGCGCACAAUGGAUGAGCGAAUUAAGAAAGAACCUCGAAGACCCCUCCAAUAUUAUAAUGUAAAAAUGCAACCGACUAACGACAAAUAAUUAUAGACUCAUGGUAUUUGCUGAGUAUACCUAGUAGCCAACGAUUUUUUUACGUAAUUAAGCUAAUAAAUGAAAUGCCUAUAAUGUAUAUCGCCAGAAAUGUUCGAGUAAUAGAUCAGACACAAUAAUACAUUUCUGGUGUGUGAUAUUUGUACUGUUAUUAAAAAUUAAAAUUUUGCAAUGGGUAUAUCAAUAGGUACAUUCUGAAAAUUGUAAUUGAAAAGACAUAUUGUUUUAUAAUGUUUGAAUGUUAUGAUAUUAUUGACAUCUUUUGAAUAGCGGGGGAUAAGCUACAGCGUAUAAAUGAAACUCAGAUGUUCGAUAUCAAAUUGAUAAAUACACAAUACAUUUUGUGUGAAUACAUUUUCAUAUCCUCCUUACGGUAUAUUUGUCGUUGUAUGUAUAUUUUAUAAACAGUGCGGUAAAGAGAAUUGAUUCCAUAAAUUAUUGUAAGUUACUUAAAAAUUCAAGUUGUAAGUGUGUUUGCCCUUAAGUUUCUAUCACCUCAUCAUUCAUUUCACUUUUUACGAAGGACGUGCGAUUGUUAAAGAUGUUAAGUGAUUAUUUAUUUAGCAAAUUAAGUAAUGAACGUACAAUAAUUACAUGUUUAUUAAUGGUGAAUACUCCAUAUAAUUUUAAUGUUACUUGGUAUAUGUUUGCUGCCUAUUAUAUAUUGUAAAGCAGGAGUAUUUCUUGCUUUAUGAUAUGUAACUAAACAUAUAAUCAAUGUCAACAAAUAUAUUAUUUAUUUACAAGUGACUCGGUCAAUUUACACGCAUUUUUGUGAUAUCCGGUGAGUAUUCGGCUAUUGUUUUGGAGUAAAGAUCUACCUGCUUUAUAUCGGUUUAAUUUUUAUUACUUUACAGUAGAAAAAAUCGAUAUUUAUAACUGGAUUAGUCAAGCGUAGGUAUGUAAAUACAUUGGUUAGAUGUUUGGUGCAAGAUGUGAUUGGCAUACUAUGCAAGUGUUGUUAACGUCUUGACUUUUAUAUACUGCCAGUUGAUAUAUGGACGAUAGUGAAAUAUAUUUUAUUCUUA